UGAGGAACAAUCUGCCAGACUUCACAAUGCAUAAUAAAACGCGAAGCUUCAUAGUCUGCUGUGAGACCAAAGAAAUUCACAUCAAAAUCUGUUUGUACACAAUCAUUAGCAUGUUUCCUUACAGACUUGAACAAAUAUUUGCAGCUAGGUGCUGGUACACUUGAUAGAAAUAUGGUCCUACAUCACUAGUAUUCUUGUAAAUCAAUUAAUUUGCAACCAACAAAACAUCGUGUGUGAUAAGAAAAAAAGUUUCGAAGUUGUGAAAGGUUCUGCAUUCUCUUGCAACAGGCAUGCCAAGAAUUCUGCUACAAAGAGCUGAAUAAAUAUAUCGUGCUGUGAGAGAAAUCAUGAACUGUACCAAUUCAGAGAAUGUUCUAGUGGGUCCAUAUGGUGAGAUGUACCCAGCAAGUCGUCAUGCAAACCAGGCCAUGAAUAUAAAAGUUGAGCAAGUCUCUGAGUCACAAGAGGAAGCAGAUCCUCUGCAAAUAACAAUUCAGGAAAUAAAGGACUAUACAAAUUCAGAGAACGUUUUAGUGGGCCCAUAUGGUGAGACAUACCCAACAUCUCAUGAUGCAGAUCAGGCCAUGAAGGUAAAAGCUAAGGCAGACUCAGAUGCAGAGGAGGAAGGGGAUCCUGUUGCAAUAACAUUUCCAGAAGUAAAGGCUGAACCUGAGGUGAGCUGUAAGUGCACUGUUAGGCAGAUGACACAAAAGUGCAGAAGUACUGGUUGUCUGUAUGAUUUCCAUCUCUGUCUGUUUUCAUGAAACAAUUCUACUGUGCUGUUAACUAGAUUUUCAAGGAUUUCCUAGGCAACUGUAGUUUGUUGAAUGUUGCUUGAGAUGAACCGCUCCCAGUUUCUUUUAAGCAGAUCUAAUAUAGAUGAAAUUAAAUACUGUGUAAACUGAAGAAUAUCUGAGAUAAAUUUCAUAGA